GUGUGUGUGUGUGUGUGUGGUGAAGGUAGAGCUGCUCUCUGGGGAAGCGUCUCACACACUGCAGUGUAAGGCAGGGCGGUUGCUGCUGCUGCACUCUGCCAUGCUGAAGGAUGGUGCACCAGGAGAAAUGCCUUUACCAGGCCCAGAGGAACGAGAGGGAGUCAAUCAGGCAGAAGCUGGCCCUCGGCAGUUUCUAUGACGACGGCCCCGCUUUCUUCACCGGCUGCAGCAAGGGCGGCAAAAACUGCCUGUCCUCACGGCUUCAGAAUGGGGUGAACCUGCAGAUGUGUUUUGUGAACGACAGCAGCAGUGAUAAGGACAGCGAUGCGGAGGACAGCCGGACAGAGACGAGCCUGGACACACCCUUGUCUCCAAUGAGUAAGCAGAGCUCCUCUCUGUCGGACCGGGACACGGGGGAGGAGGACCUGGAGCAGGAGGACUGUGAGUUUUGGCGAGUGCAGCGGCGGCUGCAGGAGGAGGCGCGGGGGGCGCUCGCUCUCGCCCGGCCCAUGGCCCGCAUGCAGGUGGAGGUGGAGCGACAGAUCCAGCUGCACCGCAGAUCCCCCGUGGCUGACCUGUUGCCACACCUGCCCCACAUCAGUGAAAGUUUGAUGAAGAGGAGCCUGAGGCCCGUGGACCUGAGGGACAUGAGUCUGGGUCAGCUACAGGUCAUCACGAACGACCUCCACUCACAGAUUCAGAGUCUGAAUGAGGAGCUGGUACAGCUGCUGCUGUUGAGGGAUGAGCUUCAUGUGGAGCAGGAUGCAAUGCUGGUGGACGUGGAGGACUUGACCAGGCACGCACACAGUCAGCAGAGACACAUGGCAGAGAAGGCCCUGGCCAAAAGGAAAGGCGCUUGCUCCCUGUGACCCCUCCGCCCCCCCUCCACGCCUCGCAGAGGCCUUCACAGCACGGUUAUUGGGGUCAGAGCUGUUAGCACUACGUGUCGUGGUAGCGUACGCACCGAGGUUUCCUUUCUAUCACAGUUUCUCUAGACGUGUGUCUAUUUUCCCUUGUUGCAAGCUUUGUGUGGAUGUAUGUCGGUCAAACACGCUGUGAGCUUUCCUGCAUGUCCACACCGCAGCAGAGGAACAGCCCCCUCUGUGUUAAGCCUGCGGGCACAAACCUAGCGUGCAAAGCUAAAUGUUUAACAGCGCAGAUCCAUCCACUAGAGAUGGAUCCAUAGGAAUUGUGGGUGUUUUUAUUCUCUUCGAUAUGUGAUACCUGAUUUCGAGGACUGCUUGUUAGUCAUAAAGAUUACAACGUUCUUAUAACGUUCCUGCAGAUUCUUCUUCAGCUCCUUUGCUUGCUAAUGUUAACGUAGCUAGUGCAAGUAUCUAAAGCAGGGUGAAGAAAAUGCCGGCUAAAGUGAGACAUACAGAACCAGCCAUUCAACCCAAAUCACAUUUGACUUUAACUGAAUCUGAAUCAGGCCUUUCUCCAUUAAAAGAAAGAUAGUCAGAUCAAAAGCAAGCACUUAUUGGAGACGCUGUGGUGGCCAGAUGUGGUAGUGGUUAACCUUUGUGUUCAUAAUGAACUAUUAUAGCAGUAUUUUGAGAAUGUGAACUUUAUUUUUCAUCCAUUUGAAGGACAUCAUGAAGGUCUUACGAAGGUGCUCUUUCCAAAGGGUUCAAUGUUGCAACAUGACUGAAAACUUGGUGUACAGAAAUGUUUAAAAAAUGAUAAAUAAAUGAUUUACUUGCAAAUAUUA